UUGUGGGCCGUGGAUCAGAUCGUAUAAGUAGGCUACAUUCAGCUGAAGUGUCGGACACCCAGAGGCCACCCAGAGAGGGACAGGGAGCUGCGUGCAGGCAACAUGACUUCAUUAACGUGGGGACUGCUCUGCUUCAUUGGUAUUCUGGCAUCGGGAACUCUGGGAAUUUUCCCACAGCCUCGCUCCCAGCACCGACAGAGUCACUCAGUUCGUCCUUUGAACUCACGAGUGUCCCCGCAAGUCCCGUCAAGGGUCCGUCAGCACUUUGAGAUCAAAUCGAUUGAGCAAACAUCUGACGAAGUAGCAAGUGCUGAGAGUUUUCAGGAGGUCCAGCUGGGAGAUUACUCUACCCGAGGCUUCCAGCAGCAGCAGAGUGUCCGGCCAGGUGCCAACAACUACCUGACGCAGGAGAGCCGGACCACAAUCAGCGCAGCUGGUGGCAGUAAUUCCAGGUUUUAUCGCUAUCAGCCUGCCCAUCGCCCACUGCCAAAGAAAAGCAAGCUGUCUUCACAGCUGCAUCACAAUGCUGCACCAUUUGCAUCCUGGCAGCCUGCUAAAGACUCGAGUGGCUCUCCUGCAUCCAUCAGAACUGGUGCAGCAACAAGAUCCAACUGCAGAAAUCGGCCUAUAGACCUGGUCUUCAUCAUAGACAGCUCCCGCAGUGUACGUCCUGCUGAGUUUGAGAAGGCCAAGGAGUUCCUGCAAGACAUGGUGGACAGCUUGGAGAUCGGGUCCGAUGCCACGCGAGUCGGCCUCGUCAAUUACGCCAGCACAGUACAGAUUGAGUUUCUACUGAAGACGUAUUUUGACAAGUCUUCCCUGAAGCAGGCACUGGCCCGUGUUGAGCCCCUCGCUUCAGGCACCAUGACAGGCAUGGCCAUUAAGACUGCUAUGGAGAAAGCAUUCACUGCGGACGCAGGGGCCCGAGCUAGUUCUGUGAACAUCGCCAAAGUGGCCAUCAUAGUGACGGAUGGGAGGCCCCAGGACAAAGUGGAGGAGGUGUCAGCAGCGGCUCGUGCGUCUGGGAUUGAGAUCUACGCGGUGGGAGUAGACAGAGCUGAUAUGAUGUCCCUCCGCCUCAUGGCCAGUCCCCCACAUGAUGACCAUGUCUUCUAUGUGGAGACCUAUGGUGUUAUAGAGAAGCUCACUUCCAAGUUUAGGGAAACCUUGUGUGGUAAGGAUGAUGAUAAUGGGAGUGCGGAUAUGCCAAUAAAUGGUGGAAUUGAUGAUUAUGGACUAGGCCUAGAUGGCAGGAAAGACGGUAAUGGAAUAAAUAAUGAAAAUGACGAUAAAGGAAACAACGGUUUGGAUGCAUGUGCUCAGGGACACAGUUGCCAGCACAUUUGUGUCAACAGUGACAACUCAUACUACUGCAAGUGUCGCUCGGGCUACGUCUUGAACCCGGACAAGAAAACAUGCUCACGUUCUGAUCCAUGUGCCGAUGGACAUGACUGUCAGCACAUUUGCAUGAACAGUGAUGACUCAUACGUCUGCAAGUGUCGAGUGGGAUACGUGUUGAAUGCAGACCAGAAAACAUGCUCACAUUUGGAUACAUGUGUCCAGGGACAUGACUGCCAGCACAUUUGUGUCAAAAAUGGCGAUUCUUACCUGUGUAUGUGUCACGAGGGAUAUGUGUUGAAUGCAGACAAGAAAACAUGCUCACGUUCAACUACAUGUGCCCAGGGCCAUGACUGUCAGCAUAUUUGUGUAGACACUGAUGAUUCUUACAUCUGCAAAUGUCGUUUGGGAUACGUAUUGAACGCUGACGAGAAAACAUGCUCACGUUCUGAUGCAUGUGCCCUUGGACAUGAUUGCCAGCACAUUUGUGAAAACAGUGAGGACUCUUAUAUCUGCAAGUGUCAAGUGGGAUAUGUGUUAAAUGCAGAUCUAAAAACAUGCUCACGUUCGGAUACAUGUGACCAGAUACAUGACUGCCAGCAUUUUUGUGUCACAAAUGGUGAUUCCUACCUUUGCAAGUGUCAUGAGGGAUAUGUGUUGAAUGCAGACCAGAAAACGUGCUCACGUCUCUUUUCAGGUUCUAAUCAAUGUGCCAAUGGACAUGAUUGCCAGCAGAUUUGUGUAAACAAUGAUGACUCGUACAUCUGCAAGUGUCAAGUGGGAUAUGUGUUGAAUCCAGAUAUGAAAACAUGCUCACGUUCAGAUACGUGUGUCCAGGGACAUGACUGCCAACAUAUUUGUGUCAGCAUUGAUGGCUUGUACAUCUGCAAAUGUCGAGAGGGAUAUGUGUUGAAUGCAGACCAGAAAACGUGCUCACAUUCAGAUGCAUGUGCCCAUGGACAUGACUGCCAGCACAUUUGUGUCAACAGUGAUGACUCGUAUAUCUGCAAGUGUCAAGUGGGAUACGUGUUGAAUGCAGACCAGAAAACAUGCUCACGAUCAGGACUGGACACAUGUGCCCAGGGACAUGACUGCCAGCAAAUAUGUAUCAACAAUGGGAACUCAUACAUCUGCAAGUGUCGAGUGGGAUAUGUUCUGAACAUGGAUAGGAAAACAUGCUCACGUUCAGAUGCAUGUGCCCAUGGACAUGACUGCCAGCACAUUUGUGUCAACAGUGAUGACUCGUAUAUCUGCCAGUGUCGAGUGGGAUAUGUGUUGAAUGCAGACCAGAAAACAUGCUCACAGGAAAUGAGAAGUGAAAUAACCCAAGAUGCCUGCAUGUGUGAAGCUCAGAUUGUGUUCCAGAAAAAAGUACAGUCAACCAUUCACGAGCUGAGCAGAAAACUUGAUGAACUUUCAGACAAAGUGAAUCUGAUUGAAGGUCAGCAGCAGUAUUAAGAACAGCGUUGCCGUCAGAAGACAUGUUAAGGACUGGCGAUGUAUCCACUUUUCUUGACCACCGGAAGUCAUCUGUAAAACCCUCAAAAUCUCUUUAUGUCUCAUGUCUAUGAUGUGUCCAAGAUUUGAUAGAGGUCUGCGUGGUAAUGAUUUCUUAUGCGGUAUACUGGUAGCAUUAUGGUUUUAUAUUAUAAACCUGCAUUUUUGCAUUCACAACAUGGUCUGUUGUUACUUCUUACAGUAAAGUUGGAUAUAACUGGUGUAAAUGUUUACAUAUACCUGUGUAUUUGUAAGAAAAGCAACAUUUCUUCCUAACAGUGUAAACCAUUGAGUUCAGAUUCAUGCACUGUAAGAUAAUUAGUGAAUUUAUAGAAACAGUAGUUGCGUUAGCUUCUUUAAAAAAAAUGUGUUGUACCACAUCCUUGUUGUGUAUUCACUGCUCUGAGAGCAUUUCUUGGUCAGUGUUGUUGUGUAGUGUUCUUGGUAGAACACAAAGACUCCAUCCACAAUCAUAACACAACAACUAAUCUCUUAUGCAACAAGAGCAUUGUUGCUAUCCCUCUGAUUGCAGCAUUACGCAGAGAAAAGACCAAAAUAAAACCUGAUCCAAUUGGCCCCUGGCUGUGUUAAAUCACAGAAUUACUAUAAUCCUUUUCUUUGAAUUGAAACAUUUUAACAACCUAAUUACACAACAUGCAUUGGUAAUUAUUGUUUUGGUUGUAACAGACAGGUACAGUUGUUUUGGGGGGAUAGGGGAAAAAACAGUUUAGGGAGCUCUGACCGCUUCAGUAGGCUACUUUGCAUACUUGGCAAGUCAUGGACCAAAGUUUCUGGCAGCAGUCCUGGCCAUCACAGACUAUUGUCAAUGCAAGUUUUGAAAGCGGGAGAUUUAUAGCUAAGAUCACAUCAGUUUUGUAACCAGUUAAAGUAAUAGUUCUUCAUACACUAUAUUCAUGUACUAUAUUUUCUACUCAUGUCUGUGGAACACAAAUGAAAAAAGUGAAAAGUAUUUGUGGUGAAGGCCUCUAUGGGUAAACUGACAGUUACAUGCAUUACAUGUUUUGGUGCUUUUCUGUAUAUUUUCUAUCAGGAUUAAAGCUGGACAUGGAAAAUAAACAUUCUGAAACAAUGGAUCCAAA